AUGGACUCAUCAUCACUCCAAGAAACCCCAGCUACUUCUUCCCUCAAUUUGAUGAACCUCCCCACAGAACUCCAUCUACACAUCUCCACAUUUCUCCCAUACCCAGAUGCACUAGCAUUGAAGCACACCUGUCGUCAUUUCUACUCUCUCGUCUACACCGGGGUUCACCUCAAAGUCGACUGGUUUGUCGAGCGCUUUUCGCAGAAACUCGAUUGUCCCAUGGAGAAAUGCUCGUUCCGAACGGACGAGGCCUUCUGUAAUAAGACGAUUCGAAUGAUCAUGGAGCGCAGAAGACGGCAUCUGGAGUGUAGGGCACACCCGGGUGGGUGCCUGGUCAUUGAGGGGAGAACUUGUCAGAAGGAUCUGAUUCCAUUGUGGAUGAAGAAACGUGGUCGUUGGGAGAUGAUCAGAUCUUUUGGAAAUGAAGGUCACUUUAAUUCAUGGGCUUAUCUUUCUCUGUGUCUUUUUGCUUUGGAAUUUGAGUGCAAGGCUACUAAACCGCGCGAUGGUGACAGUAUAACACCAACCAUUUACAUGUCCAUCGCUCUUCAGUUGCACGAUAUGAUGCAACUGAUUGGAUACUAAACGGGAAACAAUGUCAGUAGCAGCUGGCUGCUACAUGUACGACGCACUGAUACGACAUCUACGUUGAUACGACAACACGAACACAGAUCUACAGCUGGGUAUAGCUGGAUCAUCCAUGUAAUAAUAUCUAGUAAUCUGAAAG